AUUGUUUUCAAUUGUUCUCUAAAUAUCAGCACUGAGAAAUGUGGACUGGAGUUUGUUUUUCAGCCAACAGGACUGAGACAUGUCUGACACGUCUUUCCUCAAAUGAUCUCAGGGUCAUUUUUCCACAGAACAAAGUUUGUUUUCCAGCUCAGAUGAUUUUUUCCUGCACCACACUCAGAGUAAACCGUGUAAAGGUGUUUUGGUGGAAUCUGUAGUGUAGUCCCUCAGUGUGUGUGCACACUGUGUGGUGUAAACUCUGGCUGUGAUAAACUAGUCCCGCAGGAAUGUGAGUGUUGGAGCUGAACUCCGGCUCCUGCAGCAACACAACACAACACUUCUCCUUUCUCCAGGAUCUGGGACGUGUUUCCUUCUCAUUUAGCAGCAGUUUAAACGUGAAGGCAGCGGGGCGUUUUCCGUGUUGUAACAUUAUCUUUGGCUCGAGAGCAUGAAAUCAGAAUAACAAUAGAAAGCUGCGGAGCCGAGGAGCGAGGUGGAGGUGGUGGUGGAAGAGGAGGAGGAGGUGGAGGAGGAGGAGAGGCGGAGGGGGGGGAGCAGCUUCCUCACAGCGGAAGGAGACGACGGAUCUCCUGCAGGACAAUGUGAGACACCGAGAGUUGAUCCAACGCAGUUAGCAAGCAGCCAGCCAGCCAGGAUGGAAGCGGGGAUCGUUUAACACGGACUGUAGCUGAAUCACAACCACAUUAUUGUUUUUAAAUCCGCGUUUUUUCGCCCGAGGAAGCGGCCGCAGCGAUGGGAACAGAGCGCUGAGGAGAGAGCGGCGGCAGGGCCAAGAAACGGGAGAAAGAUGGGUGUCGUGCUGCGGAGUCUGUUGUUGUGUAGUUUUUGUUUUCUCAUACGAGGCGUGCCGCUGCUGCUGUAUGCGAACCGACGGGACCUUCGGCUCGUGGACGCGGCACACGAAAAGGCCAACGCCACGGUGGUGGUGGGAGGGCUGGAGGACGCCGCCGCCGUGGACUACGUCUACUCCCAGGACCUCAUUUACUGGAGCGACGUGAGCGAGGAGGCCAUCAAACGCACCGUCUUCAACCAGUCGGGGGCCGGGGCGGUGGAGACGGUGGUGCCGGGUCUGGCCUCUCCAGACGGGCUGGCCUGCGAUUGGUUAGGGAGGAAACUUUACUGGACGGACUCAGAAACCAAUCGGAUCGAGGUGGCGGAGCUGGAUGGGUCUCUGAGGAAGGUUCUGUUCUGGCAGGAGCUGGACCAGCCGAGGGCCAUCGCUCUGGAUCCAGAACGAGGGUACAUGUACUGGACAGACUGGGGUGAGAUCCCAAAGAUCGAGCGGGCGGGGAUGGACGGGACGAAUCGAUCCAUGAUCAUCGACAGAGAGAUCUACUGGCCCAACGGGCUGACUCUGGACUACAGCCAGCAGAAACUGUACUGGGCCGACGCCAAACACAACUUCAUCCACCGCUCCAACCUGGACGGAUCCUCCAGGGAGGUGGUGGUUAAAGGAGAGCUGCCUCACCCCUUCGCCCUCACCCUGUACGAGGACACUCUGUUCUGGACCGACUGGAACACCCACUCCAUCCACUCCUGUAGGAAACAGACCGGAGACGAGCAGCGCAUCGUCCACUCGGACAUCUUCUCGCCCAUGGACAUCCACGUCUUCAGCUCCAAGAGACAGCCCGCCUUGAGCAGUCCAUGUUCUGUGAACAACGGAGGAUGUUCCCACCUCUGCCUCCUCUCUCCGGUGAAGCCCUUCUAUCAGUGUGCCUGUCCCACCGGAGUCCAGCUGCUGGAGGACGGGAAGACCUGCAGAGACGGUGCGACUCAGAUGCUGCUGCUGGCACGGCGGACGGACCUGCGGCGAAUCUCUCUGGACACGCCCGACUUCACUGACAUCAUCCUGCAGGUGGACGACAUCCGCCACGCCAUCGCCAUCGACUACGACCCGGUGGAGGGAUACAUCUACUGGACGGACGACGAUGUGAAGGCGAUCCGCCGCUCGCUGCUCGACGGCACCGACGCCCAGUUCGUGGUCACGUCUCAGGUGAACCACCCCGACGGCAUCGCGGUCGACUGGAUCGCCCGGAACCUGUACUGGACCGACACCGGGACGGAUCGCAUCGAGGUGACCCGGCUCAACGGGACCAUGCGCAAGAUCCUGAUCUCUGAGGACCUGGACGAGCCCAGAGCCAUCGUACUGGACCCUGUGGCCGGGUACAUGUACUGGACCGACUGGGGCGAGGUGCCAAAGAUCGAGCGGGCGGAUCUGGACGGGAUGGAGCGGGUGGUGAUGGUGAACACCUCCCUGGGCUGGCCCAACGGCCUCGCGCUCGACUACGACGAACGAAAGAUCUACUGGGGAGACGCGAAGACGGAUAAGAUCGAGGUGAUGAACAUGGACGGGACGGGCAGACGGGUGCUGGUGGAGGACAAACUUCCUCACAUCUUCGGCUUCACUCUGCUCGGCGACUUCAUCUACUGGACCGACUGGCAGCGCCGCAGCAUCGAGCGCGUCCACAAACGCACCGCGGAGAGAGAGAUCAUCAUCGACCAGCUGCCCGACCUCAUGGGACUCAAGGCCACACACGUACACCAGUUCUUCGGUACGAACCCGUGUGCAGAGAACAACGGCGGCUGCAGUCACCUCUGCCUCUACAAGCCUCAGGGCGUUCAGUGCGGCUGUCCCAUCGGCCUCGAACUCAUCGCCGACAUGAGGACCUGCAUCGUCCCCGAGGCCUUCCUGCUCUUCUCCCGCCACACCGACAUCCGCCGCAUCUCCCUGGAGACCAACAACAACAACGUGGCCAUCCCGCUCACCGGCGUCAAGGAGGCGUCGGCGCUCGACUUCGACGUCACCGACAACCGCAUCUACUGGACGGACAUCACUCUGAAGACCAUCAGCCGAGCCUUCAUGAACGGCAGCGCUCUGGAGCACGUGGUGGAGUUCGGUCUGGACUACCCGGAGGGGAUGGCGGUGGACUGGCUGGGGAAGAACCUGUACUGGGCCGACACCGGUACCAACCGCAUAGAGGUCGCCAAACUGGACGGGCAGCACCGGCAGGUCCUGGUCUGGAAGGAUCUGGACAGUCCACGAGCUCUGGCUCUGGAUCCUGCUGAAGGGUACAUGUACUGGACCGAGUGGGGCGGGAAGCCAAAGAUCGACCGGGCGGCGAUGGACGGGACGGGUCGGAUCACUCUGGUGGCCGACGUGGGCCGAGCCAACGGACUCACCAUCGACUACGCAGAGCGCCGCCUCUACUGGACCGACCUGGACACGACGCUCAUCGAGUCGUCCAACAUGCUCGGUCAGGAGCGUGAGGUGAUCGCUGACGACCUCCCUCACCCGUUCGGCCUCACCCAGUACCAGGACUACAUCUACUGGACUGACUGGAGCCAGCGCAGCAUCGAGCGCGCCAACAAGACCAGCGGGCAGAACCGCACCGUGAUCCAGGGCCACCUGGACUACGUCAUGGACAUCCUGGUGUUCCACUCGUCCAGACAGGGAGGCUGGAACGCCUGCGCCUCCACCAACGGACACUGCUCCCACCUCUGCCUCGCCGUCCCCGUCAGCAGCUUCGUCUGCGGCUGCCCCGCCCACUUCUCCCUCAACUACGACAACAAGACCUGCAGCGCUCCGACUUCGUUCCUCCUGUUCAGUCAGAAAACAGCCAUUAACCGGAUGGUGAUCGACGAGCAGCAGAGUCCCGACAUCAUCCUGCCGAUCCACAGCCUGAGGAACGUCCGAGCCAUCGACUACGACCCCCUGGACAAACAGCUGUACUGGAUCGACUCCAAGCAGAACGUGAUCCGCCGAGCUCAGGAGGAUGGAAACCAGAGUAUGACGGUGGUGUCGAGCUCCGUGGGCGGACCCAGCCAGGGUCUGCAGCUGUACGACCUGAGCAUCGACAUCUACAGCCGCUUCAUCUACUGGACCAGCGAGGUCACCAACGUCAUCAACGUGACCCGGACGGACGGCAGCAGGGUCGGCGUGGUGCUGAGGGGCGAGCACGACAAACCCCGGGCCAUCGUGGUCAACCCGGAGAGAGGGUACAUGUACUUCACCAACCUGCUGGAGCGCUCUCCAAAGAUCGAGCGGGCGGCGUUGGACGGUACGGAGCGUGAGGUCCUGUUCUUCAGCGGUCUGGGGAAACCUGUCGCUCUGGCCAUCGACAACGAGGUGGGGAAGUUGUUCUGGGUCGACUCGGACCUGCGACGCAUCGAGAGCAGCGACCUCUCCGGAGCGAAUCGGAUCGUGAUCGCAGACUCCAACAUCCUGCAGCCGGUGGGGCUGACGGUGUUCGGGAACCACCUGUACUGGAUCGACAAACAGCAGCAGAUGAUCGAACGCAUCGACAAGACCACGAGAGAGGGACGCACCAAGAUCCAGGCUCGCAUCGCCUACCUGAGCGACAUCCACGCCGUCCACGAGCUCGACAUGAGGGAGUACAGUAAACAUCCGUGUACCUGGGACAACGGCGGCUGCUCCCACAUCUGCAUCGUGAAGGGAGACGGGACGACUCGCUGCUCGUGUCCCGUGCACCUGGUGCUGCUGCAGGACGAGCUCUCCUGUGGAGAGCCGCCCACCUGCUCCCCAGAGCAGUUCUCCUGUACGUCCGGCGAGGUGGACUGCAUCCCUCAGGCCUGGAGGUGCGACGGUUACGCCGAGUGCGACGACAAGAGCGACGAGGAGGACUGUCCGGUCUGCUCCGAGUCCGAGUUCCAGUGCGACAGCCGGCAGUGCAUCGACCUGAGCCUCCGCUGCAACGGAGAGUUCAACUGUCAGGACCGGUCGGACGAGAACAAGUGUGAAGUGCUGUGUCCUCUGGAUCAGUUCACCUGCUCUAACGGUCAGUGCAUCGGGAAACACAAGAAGUGCGACAACAACAUGGACUGUACGGACAACUCUGACGAGAUCGGCUGCUAUCCGACGGAGGAGCCGCCUCCUCCGCCCAACACCACCAUCGGCUCCAUCGUGGGCGUGGUCAUGGCGCUGUUCGUGGUCGGCGCCGUGUACUUCGUGUGUCAGCGCGUCCUCUGUCCGCAGAUGAAGGACGACGGCGAGACGGUCACCAACGACUUCGUGGUCCACGGGCCGUCGUCGGUGCCGCUGGGAUACGUGCCGCACCCGAGCUCGCUGUCCAGCUCGCUGCCCGGUAUGUCCAGAGGGAAGUCUGUGAUUGGCUCCCUCAGCAUCAUGGGCGGGAGCAGCGGGCCGCCGUACGACAGAGCCCACGUCACCGGAGCGUCGUCCAGCAGCUCGUCCAGCACCAAGGGAACCUACUUCCCCCCGAUCCUGAAUCCUCCUCCGUCUCCUGCUACAGUUCGCUCUCAGUACACCAUGGAGUUUGGUUAUUCCUCCAACAGUCCCUCCACACACAGAUCCUACAGCUACCGGCCCUACACCUACCGCCACUUCGCCCCUCCCACCACCCCCUGCAGCACCGACGUGUGCGACAGCGACUACACGCCGGGACGCCGGGCGCCCUUCAAGUCCAGCGCCGCCGCUGCCUCUGCCGCCGCCGCCGCCAAGGGCUACACCAGCGACCUCAACUACGACUCGGAGCCUUUCCCGCCGCCGCCGACGCCCCGCAGCCAGUACCUGUCGGCGGAGGAGAACUGUGAGAGCUGCCCACCGUCGCCUUACACCGAGCGCAGCUACUCCCACCACCUCUACCCGCCGCCGCCGUCGCCCUGCACGGACUCUUCGUGAGCCAACCCCCCCACCAAACCCCUCCCACCCUGCCACACCCCCUCCACACAGCUCCGCCCCCUCACUGUAAAUAGCAAUUGUGCAUAUAUGAGGUUAAAAAUGGGAAAGAGAGACUGACGACUCAGGAGGAGUGAGGAGGAAAAAAGGAAAAAAAGAGAAAUGGAGCUGCAGAACAUUUGUACAUUGAAAAAGAGAAAAGCAUAUUUAUAUAUUUUCUAUACAGUGUUUACUGAUGAUGCCAUGGAGGUUUGUAUUAAGAAAUUUGUACAUUUUUUAAGAAAAGGUUUUAUUAAAAUCAUCACAAAUAUAAGUUGCCUUAAACCAGGAGAAAAAGAGGCUGAAGGACAAAAAGCACACGGUGAAAACUGAGCAGCGGACGUUUAACUUAUCUGAUGCCAAAUAUGAAAAACAUCCACAGCUACAGGAGGCGGAGGCUCCUCCCCGGCCGCCGCCGCCCGGCAGCCAUCUUGUCUGUAGUUACCAUGUAAACUGGAUCGGGAGCGGCUGGAGGAAGACGCCGGUUUCCAGUGGCAGAGAACGUGGUACUGGGUCUUUGAUUUGAAUUUACCUCCUCUUCAUUGUUUAACGAAACGGUUCAUAGGAUCGUGUCUGUCGUGGAUGUGAGUCAUGUGCUGAGCUGGAAAGACCCGGGAACGAGUUCUGAGCUGAAGCAAUAACAUGACAAGGCACAUAUUUAUUAUCCAGGAGCUGAUCUGAGAGUCCUGACGAGGCUGCAGAGGACUGGACUAGUACUGGUUCAGGUAGGAUAACCUGGCUUCUGAACCUGGCUCUUAUUUCUCAUGUAUCUGGGUGUAAUUGGUUGAUAGGGACAAAAACCUUGGGUUCAGCAGCUGCUGCAGUGUAAUCCAAUGGAUUACUCAGGAAUAUGGGUAGGACUCCUACAAAGACAUCUCUAUAUAUCACUACCAGACUCCAUUGACAAAAACAGGAAUUUUACAGAACAGAACUGGAACACCACUGCCUCCAUCUGUGAGUGUGUCUGUGUUAUUUUGUUUUACUUUACCUUCAGUAAAGUCUCCGAAUGCUUUUUAUACCACUGAAAGUCCCACAGUAACACAGACACACUGACAGAUGGAGGCAGUGGUAUUCCAGCAGCUCCUGGUUAAAUCUCUGUUUUUGUCAAUGGAGUCUGGUAGAGAUAUAUAGAGAUGUUUCUGGUUAAACUAAAAGGAUCUUCCUCUUUAAUAAAAAGCUCUGUCUCUGUAGGAAUCCUAUCAUCAUGCUGUCCAACUCUGAGAAGAACAAUCUGACUGUCAGCGACAAAAAUAAGAUUUUUAGUGAACGACCGUUGAUGUGGACAAUUUUGUCCCUGUGAAUCAUUUAGACCCAGAAUGUGGGAGCAUCAGGCUCAGGUUAGAAAACAGCAGAAUUAUCCUUUAAUGUUUGAUAAAACUCUUCAGAGCCCCUCGUGUCCACUCGGGGCCUCCGUACAUUUUCUUUCUCCACUAAAUGUCAGAGGUGAGGUCAGUGUCACAUGACUCACAUCCAGAAAAUCAUCAUCAUGGUCAUGAUGUUCAGACAGGAUUUAAACCAAAACGUACGCUUGUUGUUUUAACAUGUUCUCACUGAAACGUUCAAAUGCCUGACUGCAACUGAACCGACCCAAAGCCGCACAGCGAACACAGGGUGCAUCCAUCAGUUCAUCCUCCACUCCCUCAUUUGAUUCUUUUUUUUUUUUUUUGCCUUUUAAUCCCUGUUUUGUGGAGGACGCAGCGUUUCCCACCAAGAACACGAUCUUGUGCCUGACCAGUUACACAUCUUUAUCUUUUUUUAUGUUGUUGUUGUUACUUUUGAGGAAAAAAACACAAAGGAAAUCCAGUGCCCACUAAAUGCUAUAUAGUAUUUUUGUACCACAUAUUGUGUAGAUAACGUAUUUAUAAGCUAUAUAGAAAAUCAUUGUAAAUCUAUCCAUUGAAUUCUUGCAGUACUUUUCAUUCCGUCUUUUUUUAUAUUGCCUCAUUAUAUUUUUCUACAGAAUAUCACUCCAAACGUACGGCGACAAUCUCAGAUCAGUCAAAUCGAAGAACAUAUCCAGGUCUUUAGUGUCUGUUAAAGUUAAUCUGAUGUUUGAAGGACUGUUGUGCCAAAAUAAUCUGUUUUUUUCUAACAAUGUGGAGGCAGAUGUCGGGAGUUGAGUCGGAAAAAAAAAACCCGGAAGCUGGGACCAGAGGUGAAACACGAGGCAGCAUUGAAUCUGUUGCCUUGACGCUUGUGUCAACAAUCUGUUUGUUGUUUUGUUUUGUUUUUUUCCAUAGAUCAGGUUUUGUCUUUUUGCUUCUCCAGAAAUAUAUUUUUCAAGAUAACUUCAUUUUGUUGCAUCGUCUGAAAUCGUCGGAGGAGUGUUGCCAUGUUUCCCUCCCUCGUCAUCAAAGAAAACGUUUGGUUCAUUGUUCAGCUUAAAAGAAAAAAAAAUAACACCAGCAUGAAUUUGAAGACAAUCUAACGCUUUACGAACACACCUCCAACAUAUCAUGAGUUUCAACAUGUUUAACACAAAACACAGAAAAGUUUGUCUUAACGAGACAGUUUUAGUCUGUUUUAACUUGAAAAAGGUUGUGAGACAACAAACACUUUUUUUCAUUUAAGAAAAUUUAAUUUUAAUUUUCAAUAAUAUUUGCGAAAAGCCUAAACCCACGCUACCAACCGAGGCCUAGGUAUCAUGAAUUUAUUUAAAUACAAUUUUUUUAAUUCUACACGACUCUUACAAAUUUAUCAUCAAAAGUCAUCUGAGCACAAUUGGCCACUUAAAUAAAUAAAAUAUUAUCGAAGCUUUAAUUAAGAAAAACAUUGUGCCAUCUGGUGGAGAUAAAUUCCACAUUUUCCAGAAAUUAUCAUCAACAUUUACAAAUAAACUUACUGUAUAUGGAGGCCACAAAGUGCCAAUAUUUGAUGAAUCUUGUGCAAACAAGAUUUAACUUUGCACAGAAUAUGGAUCUGAUGUAGAGUGUGCACAAGAUGAUAAUUUCUGUGCAUAAAAUAAUUAUUACAUGUGAAGAAGAUUUUAAAAUUUUGAUUUGUGAAAUAAGAGAAAUCAGAUUUUACGACUCUAAAAUUAAAAUUUUGUACAAUGCAGUGAUAUUUUGAGGCUUUUGGAUUCUCAGUUAUCUGAACAGAAACCCAAACCACUAGAAACCAGUGACGACGCCUAACAGUCCAGUCUUCUCUUGGACCGGUACAUAAACAUAUAUUCUUGGCUCCCUGCUGCCUCCGUACACCCUCAACAUCUGCCCACAUCUGUCGACCAGCCGAGAGCCACCUGUGGUACAAUCACUUGCUCACACAUCCAGGUGUGUUUUCAGGCCGAUCACGCGCACACAUCCACAUCAAACUCUUAUUUUUUUUGGGGAGAGGUUCUCAUUCGCUAACUGCACUUUACAGGACUUUUUAUUUUUUUAGCUGAUUUCCGGUACAAAACUUUGUAGUUUCACGCAGCUGGAGUGAACUCGUUUAAAGGUGGACGUUUGGUUUGUGUGUUUUAGGAAGUGACUGACGUGGUGAAGAGAUUUCUGACUGUAAACAUCAGAUUUACUGAGUCUGGUUGAUGAUGGGGAACUUUGUUUUGGGAAAUUUGCUCUAAAUUCUUCCCUCACAUGAAUAAUUCGUUCUUUUUUUUUCACAAGAAACUGUUUGAACUGGAAAACAUCUGUUUGAUCAUUGAAAGUUAUUUUCUCUGUGAAUUUACAGGAUAACUGAUGUUUUCUGUUUUAUGGGACAUGAACAAAAUGUUGUUUAAUUCAAACUUUAACAUCAUCUAAAAGGUCAGAUCAUUAUUUCAAGGGAAUUGAUUUAGUUUAUGAUUUAAUAUUUGAAGGGUACAAAUUAAAAAUGUGAGGGAAUUGAGAAAUCUAAGGGCACUAAUUUUACUCAUGUAGGAGUUUUGGUAGAAAAUAAAACUUUUUUAACACCAUAAAUUGAGAAAUUUAAAAAACACAUUUCUAUAAAAAGUUAGAAGAUACCAAUUAUUAAAUAUCAUCUUUACACAAGAAGGUGUAGAAGAAUGUUGUGUAAAUGAAAUACAGCUUAACAUUAACAUUUGAAAAAUAACAAUUUGCAUUUUAUAUCUUUAUUUUAGAGCAGACAUCGAAACUAACGCAGAUGUUGCCGUUCAUCAUCGGCACCAAAACUUUCAGCCCCUUAAAAUGAGUUAAGUUUUGACUGAAGUCUGGAUCUGAUCAUCUGAACACAUCAGACGCUUCAUUCCAAUUUUUAGCUCUUUACAUUUUUCCAAAUGUGAUUUUUAGUCUAAAUCAGAGCAUCCUGAGGUUUGGUGCUUAUCAGAUUAAUUUACCAAACAAAUGUUCCUCCAGACUCUGUUAAAGCUUCAUGUUUAUUAUGGAGCCAGAAUAAAAUCCAGGAGACGUGUGACAGAUGGAAACGAGACAAAUCAAACUGCUCUGUGUCGUUAAAGAGUCGACGGCUUCGGGCCGAGCUUCGACAUUUUGUACAGAUCGUGAGGAACGUGGGUGAAAAAGGUCAAAGAAAGUAGAAAAAGAAAAAAGAUUGAAAAAGGCUGAGUCAUUUUUUUGUUUUUUGUUUUUUUUUAAAAAGCACUUUUGUCUCCAGGUUUUUAUCGGAGCUUCAAACAGGAAAAAACAGAAGUUUGUGUUGUUUCUUUUUUUUUUUUAAAUGUCCUUCAUCCGUUUUGAUCCCAUGGUGCUUUGCGAGGACGUUUGUGGAGAUGACCAACAUUUGGUUCGUCAUGUUUGUUUAAUUUCCACUAACUCUGCGUUUUUAUACAAUGACUGCUUUACCUGUAAACCAGAGUAUCAGAUGGACCUGUACAGCCCAUCCAGCUGCCACCAUAAGCUGUUGUAACUCAUGAAAUGCUGAUUUUUUUUUUCUUUUUGUUAAAUAUAAAGUGAGUGAACUUUUGAA